CUAGAUUCUUAUUUUCUGAACAGUCAUUAAUAAAUCUAAUUUUAAUGUUUUUACAUUUUCCACUUUCAAACAGUGCACUCAAUUAGGAGUGGAUGAGUAGGAUGAGUAUAGGACGAAAAUUACGAGAAAAGGACGAGUAGGAUGAGUAUGGGACGAGAAGGAUGAGUAGGAUGAGUAGGACGAUUAGGAUAAAAAGAAUGAUUAGGAUGAGUAGGAUGAGUCGGAAGAGUUGGAUGAAGAGAGGGAUGAGUAGGAUAGUAGAAUGAGUAGAAUGAGUAGGAUGAGUAGUAAGAGUAGAAUGAGUAUGAUGAGUGUGAUGAGUAAAAUGAGUAGGAUGAGCAGGAUGAGUAUAGAACGAGAAGGAUGAGUAGGAAGAGUAGGAGGAGUAGAAUGAGUAGAAUAAGUAUGAUGAGUAGGAUUAGAAGGAUUAGUAUAAUGAGUAGGAUGAGUAGGAUGAGUAAAGAAUGAGAAGAAUGAGUAGCAAGCGUUGAAUAAGUAGUAAGAGUAUGAGGAGAAAAAUGAGAAUAAUGAGCUAAAGGAGUAGGAGGAGUAUAGAACGAGAAGGAUGAGUGGUAAGCGUAGAAUGAGUAGUAAGAGUAUGAGGAGAAAAAUAAGAAUAAUGAGCUAAAGGAGUACGAGGAGUAGGAGGAGUAUAGAUCGAGAAGGAUAAGUAGUAAGCGUAGAAUGAAUAGUUAGAGUAGGAGGAGUAAAAUGAGAAUAGUGAGUUAUAAGAGUAGGAGGAGUAGAAGGAGUAUAGAACGAGAACGAUGAGUAGUAAGCGUAGAAUGAGUAGUAAGAGUAGGAGGAGUAAAAUGAGAAUAAUGAGUUAUAAGAGUUCGAGGAGUAGAAGGAGUAUAGAACGAGAAGGAUUAGUAGUAAGAGUAGAAUGAGCAGAAUGAGUAGGAUGAGUAAAAUGAGAAUAAUGAGCAUUAAGAGUAGGAGGAGUAGAAGGAGUAUAGAACGAGAAGGAUAAGUAGUAAGAGUAGAAUGAGCAGAAUUAGUAGGAAGAGUAAAAUGAGAAAUAUUAAGCCCUUCUUUUACUCUCCUCCGGAACCCCUAAUCAACCCUUUAGGAAUAAACAAAUUAAAUCUUAUCUAAUCUACAGAACCUACUUCUUUUUAAUCAGUAUUUUUGCUUACACAGUUCUACACCCUGUUAUUCACAUUCUUCUCAAUUUCAACAAUAAGUAUGGUUUACAAUCAUUUGGAAGACAGACAUACAUCAUCUCUAACACGCUGGCCUGGUUUGUUAUGUUGUACAUAUCCAUCAACUUCCUGACAAUCUUUCUACCAGAACCUACACUCAUGUACCAGACAAAUAGAUGGGUUGAGUGGGAGGAUGCACUAAUGAAUGGCAGUAUACUCUACGCAGUCACCGAUAUAGUUGGUUUGUUUCUAAACCAAAAGAUGGCGCUGAGCACCGUCUUUCAUCAUAUAUGUACUGCAGGGGCUCUACCUCUUAUACUCAUGUCUGAUAUUAGAGAAGAAGGACCAAGCAAAGGACUGUUGGUGUACGGUAUAUCUACUUGUCUCACCUUCCCAGUACAUAUAUUCUUUGCAAAUCGGUUUCUUGUAGACAACAACACAGCUCAUAAAAUGAAGGUAUUGGCACGGAUUGUUUACGGAUUUAUUAUGAGUAUAAACUGGUUUUGGCAAAUCUCUUAUUUCAUUUAUAUUUCCCUGAUGCAAGAUUCCAUAUACCUAAUACAGACAGGUCUCUAUAUCCUGAUGUUAAGUUUGUGGGCUUACGAUGAAUAUUAUCUAUAUUCCUAUCUCUGCUCUUACACUGAACCUAGCAGAACCUAUUAUUAGUCGUAUGUUUGUAAAAAUAUUUUAAACAGUUCCCUUUUCACUUAAUAUUGUUGUAUAGUAGUUUGAAGCUCUUUGUUAAAAAUGUAAGCAAAAAACAAAUUAUUAAAUUUCAAAUCUGGGAACUUUUGUGCUGGAUACUCAUAAUCCCGAUCCUUUGUGUUGGAUACUCAUAAUCCCGAUCCUUUGUGUUGGAUACUUAUAAACCCGAUCCUUUGUGUUGGAUACUUAUAAACCCGAUCCUUUGUGUUGGAUACUCAUAAUCCCGAUCCUUUGUGCUGGAUACUCAUAAUCCCGAUCCUUUGUGUUGGAUACUUAUAAACCCGAUCCUUUGUGUUGGAUACUUAUAAACCCGAUCCUUUGUGUUGGAUACUCAUAAUCCCGAUCCUUUGUGUUGGAUACUUAUAAACCCGAUCCUUAGUGUUGGAUACUCAUAAUCCUGAUCCUUUGUGUUGGAUACUUAUAAACCCGAUCCACAGAUCUCGAUAUCCACUGUGAAUACUUUUAAUUUGAGGAUCAAAGCUGCCUUCAAGCUCUGACUAGAUACUAUUACUGCGGGAUAUCAAAUAAAUAUUAAAUUAAUCUGCAGAUUAACAAAAUAUCGAGAUCAAACAUUGCGAUCUCAAAAUCCACAAUACAAGAGUUCCCAGCUCACUUUAUAUAAAAAAGAACAACGGCAAAGAUUGUAACUUCGACUGUUUCUUUAAACAAGAAUAUACAUUA